AUGGUCGAGCUCUAUGGAAGGCUUGGGUGUGUCAAGGAUGCUCGAGAGGCCUUUGACGCGCUCCAUCCAAAGGAUUCCUUCUCGUGGAGCUUUAUGCUUUUGGCAUAUGCUCGAAACGGGCAUCUGGAAGAUGCGAAGAAUACCUUUGAUAAGAUGCCUUGCAAGGAUGCUGUGGUCUGGAAUUCCAUGCUGAAUGCCUACAUUGGAGUUGGUCAUGCGAACGAUGCCUUGGAAUUCUUUGAAUCGAUGCCGCAAAAAACUCUUUCUUCCUUCAACAUGAUCCUUGCGUUAUAUGCCCAUCAAGGGCAUCUUGACAUGGCAAAAGCUCAUUUUGAUGCAAUGCCUCUUCACUGUUUGAUCUCCUGGACAAGUUUGGCUGUUGCUUAUGCUCGAAAUGGAGAAGUUAGAGCUAGCGAGGAAAUCUUUUCCCAAAUGCCGAUGCACGACAUAAUCUGCUGCAAUGCGAUGCUAUCUGCAUACGGCAACAGUGGAAAAACACUCCAUGCACAAAAGAUGCUUGAAGAGAUGGAGUCCGUCAACUUGAUCUCUCUAUCAACCAUGUUAGCCGCAUAUAGCGAGAAUGGCUUCUUGGAAGCGGCAGAAGGUCUCUAUAAUAGAAUGCCACAGAGAGAUUUGAUAGUCUGGAACACCAUGCUCGCAACAUACACACAGCAUGGAGAUUUGACCCGGGCAGAAAAAGUUUUUGAUGAAAUGCCAGAGGCAAACAGUGCCUCAUGGACGUCUAUGCUGACAGCAUAUGCCCAGCGAGGGUAUCCGGAGAAGGCAAAGGAUUACUUUGCUAGAAUGCCGCAGCAUGACUUGAUCUCUCAAAAUGCCAUGCUUUCAGCUUAUAUUCACAGGGGUAGAGUCGAGGAUGCGAGAGAAAUAUUCGAUUGGAUGCCAGAAAAGAACUUGGUGUCGUGGAAUGCCAUUCUGGCAGCCUAUUCUCAAAGAGGUCAUCUGGAAAACGCUGCUUGUAUAUUUCGAGAAAUGCCGUUUCUGGACGUGAUUUCGUGUAAUACGAUGCUCAUGUCGCUUGUGCAGAGUGAAAAUCUCGAAAGAGCUCGGGAGUUUUUCAAUGGAAUGCCAGAUCGAGACCUCAUAACCUGGAACACAAUGCUAACAGCCUACACGCAAAGAGGAAAGCUUCUCCCAGCCAGAGAUCUGUUCGAAAGAAUGACAGAAAGAAGCAUAAUAUCCUGGAACUCAAUGCUAGAUGUAUAUGCCCAAUCUGGGAAAAUUGAGGAAGCGAAGAACGCUUUUGAUUUGAUGCCAGAACACGACCCUUCAUCCUCAACAUGUGUUCUCGCUGCAUAUUCCCGGGAUGCAUAUGUCGAUGACGCUGAGAAGUUUUUUAUAUCAAUUCCAUGGAAAGAUCAACCAGUGUGGAACAUUAUGUUGUCUAUAUAUGCCCAGGCCGGGCAUACCAACAAAACCAAGGCCUUGUUUGAUAGCAUGCCACUCAAGAACUUGGUAUCGUGGAAUGUCCUUCUGUUUUCUUAUGUCAAGAGUGGACAAGUUGAGAGAGCUGUCAAAGUUUUCUACUCUACUCCAGAGUGCGGUGUGAUAACUUGGAGCACUGUUUUGGCUGGUCUCACCAACAGCAGCGACUCCACUCGUGCAUUGGAAAUGUUUGAUACGAUGAAAACACUAGAUCUGGUGGACGAAGUCUCUUUCGUGUCUGCUCUCAUAGCAUGCAGUCGUGGAGGCAGUGUGGACGAUUGCAAGAGCUGCUUUAGCUCUAUGAUCCUCGACUUUGGCCUUGAUCCAGGAAAGCAACACUAUUGCUGCGUGAUCGAUGGUUUGAGCCGUGCUGGGCAUUUGGGUGCUGCUCAAGAUCUCAUCGCAAGCAUGCCUUUUGUGCCAGAUGCUUUACACUUGAGAUGUUUUCUUGGAAGUUGUUCGUGGAAUAACAUCCGUGACGGGGUAGAAGGAGUGAGAGAUCUUUUCAGCUUGGACCCGAAAGGAGGAGCUGCUUAUUAUCUUCCAGAGGGUGUUGUUGAAGAUAUACUAGCGCGUUUGGCAGUGCGGGAUGCGCGAGAGAUGGAUGCGCAUGUUGUGCAACGCAAGGUUGCAUAUGAUUUGGGCGUCUUGGCCUUCUAG